GCGCGCAUGAAAAUUACCACCAUCCGCGACCGGAAGCCGCCCACGAAUCACCUAGAGCUGCAGAUUUUUCUCGAGUUCGUUAAUUACGUUAGGCGAUUUAUCCCCAAUACGGCAGAGACAACCGGACCUUUAACUGACCUGCUGCGGAAAGGCACUCCGUUUGAGUGGGAGGAGAGACAGCAGGUUGCUUUUGACGAACUCAUAAUUUUUCUGAUGUCGCCCCCGGUCCUCCAAAUCGCUGAUCCAUCUCGACCGUUCGAAGUCUUGACGGACGCUAGGGAUUUCGCCAUCGGCGCGGUACUGUCACAAGAUUUCGGCGACGGACUCCAACCAAUCGCGUACGAGUUCCGGAAAUUGCAGGCAGCCAAGCGCAACUACCCCGUCCACGGCAAAGAAAUGCUCGCCAUAGUGCACGCGCUCAAAGUAUGGCGCUGCUACCUGAGGGGAGCCGACGUGACAGUACGGACAGACCACAAACCCAUACAUUUCCUCCGCGUGCAGUCGACCCUCAACCCACGACAGAUUCGCUGGCUGGAUUUUCUGGAGAGCAACUUCCACUACACAAUUGCGUACAAAUGAGGGGCGAAUAACAUCGCCGAUGCACU